AUGCUAUGGAGUGAACUAAAUGAUAUAUUUACUUGGUGGCUUACUCUUGAAGUUCAACUAAAUUAUAUUAAAAUAUUAGUAUUUAAAAUACUAAAUUUAAAACAUCAAAAUGCUAGCUGUGAACAAAUGCAUUCAAUAUUAAGAUGGUUUAGUGAAAAUCGUAGAGGUAGAUUAAAUAUUGAUCAUUUAGAAUUAAUGACCAAAAUUUAUUCAUGGUAUGUAACAAAUUCAAAAAACGAAUUAAAAUAUUUACCAGAUGAGAUAACAGAAGAAGAAAUCAAAAAUAUGGUAAGUAACAUAAACCAAUUUGAUAAAUACGAUGAGUUUUUAUUAGAUGAAAAUGACAAUAAUAGUUUAAAUGAAAUGAAUAAGUUGGAUACUGACAUAUUACUGGAAGAUCAAUUAGAUAUUGAUAAUAUUAUGGAUUUACGAUAUGAAUUAUUUAACCCACAACUUCAACAAAAUAAUACUAUUAUUUUAA